AUGAAGCUUCUUCUCCACUUCUUCUUUUCAACCCUUUUUGCCACUCUUCUUCUCAAACCUAUUCAUGCAUUCAAAACUUCCUCCUAUGUGGUGUACUUGGGAGCUCACUCCCAUGGCUCGACUUCUGAUUCGAGUCUCGUCGAACAGGCUCAUUUCGAGUUCCUCGAACCGUUCCUAGGCAGCCAUGAACAAGCUCGAGACGCCAUAUUCUACUCCUACACGAGGCACAUCAAUGGCUUCGCGGCCAAUUUAGAUGACCAAGUUGCAGCUGAGAUUGCCAAACACCCGAAGGUAAUAUCAGUGUUCUUGAACAGAGGCAGGAAACUGCACACGACUCACUCAUGGACAUUCCUGGGGCUGGAGGAGGAGAAGGGUUUGGUUAGCUCGGGAUCCAUUUGGAAGAAGGCAAGAUUUGGUGAAGAUACAAUUAUUGGAAACCUCGACACUGGAGUAUGGGCGGAAUCCAAAAGCUUUAGCGACCAAGGGUUGGGACCGAUUCCUUCAAAGUGGAAUGGAAUUUGCCAAAACGAUAGAGACCCUCAAUUCCACUGUAACAGGAAGUUGAUAGGAGCAAGGUACUUCAACAAAGGCUAUGCAUCAGUAGUACCGGGAGGCAAUCUAGGCCCUACCUUCUUCUCCCCAAGGGACCCAGAUGGCCAUGGCUCCCACACCCUCUCUACAGCAGGUGGAACAUUUGUCUCUGGAGCAAGUGUCUUUGGAUUCGGCAACGGUACGGCCAAAGGAGGCUCGCCAAGAGCCAGAGUAGCAGCUUACAGAAUCUGCUACCCACCAGUCAAUGGUAGUGAGUGCUUCGAUGCAGACAUAAUUGCUGGAUUCGAUGCAGCCAUCGCCGACGGUGUCGAUGUGCUGUCUGUCUCCCUCGGCAGUGAACCGACUGCAUUUUUCAACGACAGUGUGGCAAUUGGGUCGUUUCACGCGGUGAACAGUGGGAUUGUUGUCGUUUGCUCUGCAGGCAACUCUGGCCCGGUCGAAUCGACUGUGUCCAAUGUGGCGCCGUGGGAGAUUACUGUUGGUGCUAGUACCAUGGAUAGGGAGUUCCCUAGCUAUGUUGUUCUUGGCAACCAUAUGAGAUACAAGGGAGAGAGUCUGUCACCUCAAUCACUUGGAAAGAACAAAUUUUUACCCAUGAUGAGUGCUGCAGAUGCUAAAGCAGCGAAUGCUACUGUUCAAGACGCGCUGCUGUGCAAGCCUGGGACACUUGAUCCCAAGAAGGUGACAGGGAAGAUCUUAGUUUGCUUGAGAGGGAUCACAGCAAGGGUUGACAAAGGUGAGCAAGCUGCCGUUGUUGGUGCAGUUGGGAUGGUGCUUGCCAAUGAUCUGAGCACUGGGAAUGAAGUCGUUGCUGAUGCUCAUAUCCUUCCUGCUUCCCAUGUCAAUUAUGGCAGUGGUCUUGAGAUCUUCCAUUACAUCAAUUCCACCAAGGAACCUACUGCAUACAUCACACCUUCAAAAACAAAAACUGGCACCAAACCAGCACCUUUCAUGGCUGCAUUUUCAUCCAAGGGACCAAACAAAAUUACCCCUGAUAUCCUUAAGCCUGACAUCACAGCGCCAGGAGUUAGCAUAAUUGCAGCCUAUACAGAGGCACAAGGGCCAACAAAUGCAGCUUUUGAUACCAGGCGAGUUCAGUUCAACUCGGUUUCUGGAACAUCCAUGUCUUGCCCUCAUGUUGCUGGCAUUGUCGGCCUUCUCAAAACUCUGCAUCCACAUUGGAGUCCUGCUACGAUUAAAUCAGCAAUCAUGACAACUGCAAGUACAAGGGACAACAAACUAGAGCCAAUCCUCAAUGCAUCCAACAUAAUGGCAAACCCAUUCAACUAUGGAGCAGGCCACAUUAGACCCAACAAAGCCAUGGAUCCAGGCCUGGUCUAUGACUUAACUAUCAAAGACCACCUGAACUUCUUAUGUGCAUUAGGUUACAAUGAUACCCUAAUUUCAUCUUUCACCCAAGAUGAUACCCACAAAUGCCCUUCCCAGCCCAUCACCCUCUCCAACUACAACUACCCUUCCAUAACCAUCCCAAGCUUCAAUGGCACAAUGACCGUGACUCGGACUGUCACGAACGUCGGCUCACCAGGCAUUUACCGGGCCCGAGUCAAGAACCCGAGCGGGGUCUCUGUGUCGGUUGAGCCAGAUGAUUUGGAGUUCAAGAAGGUUGGAGAAGUGAAGAGCUUUAGGGUUGUAUUCAAUGGUGGUAAGGUGGGUAACAUAGGGAAGGAAUAUGUGUUUGGAGGGUUGGUUUGGGAAGAUGGAAAGCAUAAGGUGAAGAGUCCAAUUGUUCUGAAAUGGUCAAGUUAG